UGGCUGCGCUGUCGCGAGGACGGACGAGGUAUUCUUGUAUCCGUCGUCACUCCGGUCCCGCGAGGGCUUCGGUGACAGUUGCGAUUUCCGUCGAGUGAAGCGAGAAACGUCGUCGUUCUCGAUCGAGCGGGGGAAGUGAGAAAGAAAACGUGAGAGAGAGAGAGAGAGAGAGAUAGUAGAUUUCAGCCGAUCGACGCCACACGUCGCAAGAUGUUCUCCGGCCUGACGAAUCAGGUGUCCAACUGGAUGGGCAAGAAGCCCGAGAACGGCGGCGAGGCGCCGUCCGACGUGCCCAAACCCACGUCCCCGGACGUCGAGACCAGCGCGGAUCUCGAGAAAAAGAACAAUACCAGUCCGAAAGGCAAUAAAUUGGAGAUGUUCGCCGGAGUAAAGAAUCAAAUGUCCGGCUGGUUGAGCGGCGGUAUACCCGGAUUAAGCCGCGGCACCGGGGCUGCCGAGGGUGAGGCCCCGCCACCAGCCGAGACGGAAGAGAGUCAGCCUGAGGAAAGCCAGCCUCCCGUCGGCGAGCAAGUCAAGGAUGACGAUGCUAGCAGUGCAACCGGCGGGGCGGACAGCGGUCCCGCGAGUUUAGAAGGCACCCCGACUGACGACAAGAAUGGACAGCAGGCUUUCGGCGCCGUUUCCACGAAGGCACUGGCUGGUGCGAAGAGUCUCGGCGGGUUCUUGUACAGCGCCGUGAACAAGGCCGGGAAGACCGUGGUGGAGGCCAGUGCGAAGAUCAAGAAGACCGUCGAAGAGAAUAGGCUGAUCGCUGAGCUCAACAAGGAGCAGGAGGCUUUCAUCGCCAGCAAGCAGACGGGCGAGAAGGUCGAGGCUGUUGCGCCGUGGGUCGGCGCGCCGAAUGAGGACGCGCUGCGUGAGGAGUGCCUGUCCCUCUCGACCGAUCGACGUAAUUUCGUGAGAGCACCACCACCAGGCGUAGAAUUCGCUUGGGAUUUUGAGGCCGUUCAGCCAAUGGCACAGGCCACCCUUGCCCUGGAUCCGAAUCUUGAAGCUAUGAGGUUCGAGCUUGUCCCGAAAGUUAUAUCCGAGGAGAACUUCUGGCGCAACUACUUCUAUCGGGUGUCCUUGCUGCGUCAGGGCUACGAGUUGAACGCGAUGGCCAGCCAACAGCAGGCGGAAAGCAACCCCAAUCAAACGCUCGCCAGCACCACCGAUAGCAUCGAUCAUACUCAAGUUCAAAUGACCACUGGCCAGACAACCACCACCGGCGUGACGACGGCGAGCAGUAACAGCGCGCUGGCCGAUUCGCCAGGCCACGAGUUCGUAUCCGAUACCAUGAGGGUCUCGGACACAGACCUCGAGGAGGUCCGAGAGGGGAUGAAAAAGCUGGGGAUGCAGCCGCCGAAAGAAGAAGAUUGGGAACGUGAAUUGGAGGCCGAGCUAAAGGAUUACGAGGUUGUAACCGGCAGCAAUAACGACGGCAGCGGCAGCCGGGAGAGGAGCGCCGUUUCGACAGCGACGAAAGACACCGCGGCGAGCGAUAACGACUGGGAGAAGCAGAUCGACGAGCUGCUCGCCAACGAGGACGACGAGGACCUCAAGUGAGCCGGGGAGAUCCUCCACGUGACCGGAUAAGAGGGUCCGCUCCACGUUGAGAUCCCGCGCGAACGAGCGAGAUCGGCGUGCUGACGCUUUUCGCAUUUGACUUUCUCUCUUGAUACGGAGAAGCUCGCGAAUUUUUUUUGUACAUUUGUUGGUCUCGUUGAUUUUUUUUUUUUCUUAAUCGGGUCCGUGCAAGAAAGGGGAGAAACGAAGGGGCGAAGCGACGGCGGCUCGACAAGGAAGAUCGCGAGCCGUCGAUCAAAAGCACUUUUACUUUCUACGAGAGAUCGAUUCGAGGAGAUGGAUCGAGGCUCACGUUGUCGCACGUGCACGCGCGCGCGCGUUAAUAUUACGAUAUCGUAAACGCUAUUUUUUAAGGAGAGCCUAUUUUAUACCUGUUUGAUCCAAAGACAGCUUGUUCUACAUUCGUGCUUUAACAUGUAUAAGAAAAAGGUCUCGAGUCAGGCGAAAGAGAAAGAGAGAGAGAGAGAGAGAGAGAGAGAGAGAGAG